UCCGAGCUGGGGGAGGGGCUUCCUAAGGCGCCUCUGCCCAGUCGUGGAGCAGGAGGUGGAGUCUGAGCCUCGACCCCUCGUGACUCUGGGCUAACGCCAUCGCCUUCUGGGCCUCAGUUUCCUCUUCUGCAAAAUGAGGGGCUUGGACUAAAGAAAGCCCCAGGUCUUUCCGAGCUUGAGAUCCAUGGUCCUAGGACGCUUACCUGAAAAUGCGAGCCCGCCUUCCUGAGCCAUCUCGAGCUGUAACGUAAAGCCCACCCCGAUACUGCGGUGCGGACAUUGACACACCCGCUUAAGCGCCCUCUGCCUUAAUUCCCUCGCUUCUAAAAUGGGAAUUAAUAUUAUGGCGGGCGAGCCAGGCUCUAGCAAAGUUGAAAGAGCCACCAGAGGUCUAGGAGCUGGAGUGUAUGUAGCUGCCUUUGCUGAUAAUUGAAACCAAUGAAAAACCAUCUCUGCAGUGUGACCUGCUCACUCCAGCCUGAAGUGGAUUGGCCCAACAGCGGUAUCCUGUAAUUAAGGGAGUUGACCCUGCCCUUGUUGAUUCCAUCCCAUUUUUAUCUGAGUAUGUCUAUAAAUGGAAAAGCUGGUGCAGUCAUCGUGAACCAUUAGGAUCCAUCUAAUGCCUGCAGACCCUGCAGUCUUUGGAGUCAGCAAAUAGAGGGUGUGAACCUGAGGAAGUUCAGCACGCUGUCUCAACUGAACCUGAAGAGAAAAGAGACCAGAGGCUUUCUCUGUUUCCUGUUACCAUGGACAGCUGGAUGUAAACGGCAUUGGAGGUAGUCUCUUGAGGAGAAUAGUCGGAGAAGAAGCUGCUCUCCCUCAGCAGGAAUCACCUUCUGCCCCGUCUGCCCAUGGACCAGCAUUACCAGAGAUGUAGCUGAAAAUUCCUUUCUCCUGAGUUUCCCUAGUACAUAUCCCAUAAUGGCUAGGAGCUGCUCCGAGUGCAAGGAGAAGAGGCCAGCGCACAUUCUCUGCACCUACUGCAACCGAUGGCUGUGCAGCUCCUGCACCGAGGAACACCGGCAUGCCAAGGACAUGGCAGACCAUUUUCUUUCCUUAGCCCAGAAGGGAUCUUCAGGAAUGGACAGUGGGUCCAGUGACUCCUCCUUGUACUGCCCAUUGCAUGGUCAAGAGGUUCUCAAGUUGUUCUGCGAGACCUGUGAUGUCCUCACAUGCCACAGCUGCUUGAUGAUUGACCACAAAGAUCACAGGUGCAGGCAUGUAGAAGAGGUUUUGCAAAACCAAAGAAUGCUUCUGGAAAGUGUGACCACUCAAGUGGAGCAUAAGAAAACUGGGUUACAGGCUUCUGCUAAACAGAUUGAAGACAGGCUGUUUGAAGUCAAGCAUCUUCACAGGAAAGUGGAAAACCAGAUCAAAAUGGCCAAGAUGGUUCUGAUGAAUGAAUUAAACAAGCAAGCCAAUGGACUUUUGGAACAGCUGGAGGGACUCACCAAUGAACGGAAGCAGAAACUGGAGCAGCAGUUACAGAGCAUCAUGGUCUUAAACCGCCAGUUUGAGCAUGUGCAGAACUUCAUCAACUGGGCAGUCUGCAGUAAGAACAGCAUCCCCUUUCUCUUCAGCAAAGAACUGAUUGUGUUUCAGAUGCAGCGUUUGCUGGAGGCAAGUUGUAACACAGAUGCUGGUCCCCCCUGGAAGAUCAGAUUUACGUGGGAGCCUUCGUUCUGGACAAAGCAGCUGGCAACAUUAGGCUGUAUAACAACGGAAAGUGGACCACUGCCCCGUCCAGAUGCCCUCAGCUAUGGAAAUAUGCAAGGGUCAUCUUUUUAUCAUAGUCACCUCUCCCCAGUUGCCCAGCAGGAUCCUCUUAGCAGCCAGCCACAUAAGUUCCAAGCUUCAGGCCCAUGUUCCACACCAGUGUGCUGUUCUCACUGCCCCCCUGCCCUCCAUGUGCACAAAAGUCAGGCCCUGCACCCCAGUGCACACCAUCCCCAGAGCUUCAGACAGCCCCCUGAGAUGCAGCCCCCACCACACAUGUCUGCCCAGUACACGCCGGCAGUACCAGCCAGUGAGAAAGAUCAGGCCUGCAGCCCCCCUCCUGUGAAGCUGAUGCAGCCCUGGCUGGAUCCGCAGCUGCACACAGAGCCGGAGAGUACCCCACAGGGGCUGGGCAAGCUCUCCCACACACAGCCCCUGCAGCAGGGCCCACACUCUGCCUGUGCUGGGGCACCACCAGCACAUGCCCAGCACACUCAGCGUUCCCUGCAGGCCCCCUCUGUCCAAGUCCAGUUUGGCCACCACCAGAAGGUAAAGUUCAGCCAUUUUCAGCAACACCAGCAGCUGCCCCCCCCUCAGCCACCACAGCCACUGCCCCCGCAGCAGCAGCAGCAGCAGCCACCGCUGCCACCCCCUCCACUGACUGCAGCUCAGCAUGAGGGUGCCCACGAACCUGUCCUGCCUCCUAGCCUGGACAUCAUGCACCAUAAGUUUGAGCUGGAGGAAAUGCAGAAGGAUCUGGAGCUGCUUCUUCAGGCUCAGCAACCCAGUUUACAGCUCAACCAGACCAAGUCUCCUCAACAUGUGCAGCAAACCAUCGUGGGCCAGAUAAACUACAUAGUGAGGCAGCCGGCCCCGCUUCAGCCAGUUCAAGAAGAAGUGUCCCAGGCUUGUGAGGAGCCCAGUGUACCUGAAGGCCAAAAGCCAGUUCCACCUCUUGACAGAGCUGUCAUCCCUCCUUUGUCCCAGGCCAUGGCAGAAGAUGCCCCUGCCAGCGUGCACCCUCUGGACAGCACCAUGCAGCCCUCCUCUCCUAAUCCAGUGAGAAAGCGCUCCGCCUCAGUGAGUAUAAUGGGCUUCUCCAACACGCUGGAAAUGGAACUGUCAUCCCCAAGAACAGGGAGGUCAAUGGAACCCCAAAUCCAGAGUGUGACCAGCCUGACACCUAGCUCCUGCUCCCAUAGCAUGGGCCCUACCUCCGACACACAGCCAGAAACAGUACCCACUUACAGUCCAGCAGUCACCUGGGUCCUGCACCCUGGGGAUGGGGCCAGCAACUUGUCUUUGGGAGAUGUUCUCUUGGGUAAUGCACCAUGCAAGAUGGAAAAUGAAGAUUCCAGGCCCAUUAGUGACUCUCUGGGACACAACACAGUACCUGUCUGCCCAAAUGCUCAGGAAGAAUUAGUUCUUCCUUUACAAAAAAUCCUGGAGGAACCGAUUAAUCUCUCAGUGAAGAAACCCCUGCAUCUUGCCUCUCCCCCAGUGCCAGCUGUCAGUGCCUCUCCCCCACCGUCCACAACUGUGAAGCCUCUUUGGCACACAGAAGAUUGUGGCAAUUCUGAACAGGAGCCAUUUGAGGUAGACAUGAAGGAGAAUCCAAACAUCAGGACCUAUCCCAAAGAGCUGAAGAUUCCCUAUGUUCGACUGGAGCGCCUGAAGAUCUGUGCGGCAGCCUCUGGGGAGCUGCCUGUGUUCAAACUGCAAAGGGAGCAGGAUGGGACCUUUCUGCUGGUCAUUGAGUGUGGAGCAGAGUCAUCUAGCAUGUCCAUCAAGGUCAACCAGGACAGUUUGCCAGAUGCUUUGAAGCCUAAGGCUGAAGAUCCAGAAGAGAGAAAUGUCUCUGUUGGCUUCCCAGCUGGGCCAAAACUGCCAUUGUUUGGGACCCCAUCUCCUGGGGAACAAAGGAACCACUGUACCCCUGGAGCCAAGAAGUCUCCCUCAGCUCCCAACACAGACCCAAUUGAGAAUGAGGACUUCUGUGCCGUGUGUCUGAAUGGGGGGGAGCUGCUUUGUUGUGACCACUGCCCCAAGGUGUACCACCUCUCUUGCCAUGUUCCAGCCCUGCUCAGCUUCCCCGGGGGCGAGUGGGUGUGCACCCUCUGCCGGAGCCUAACAAAGCCAGAGGUGGAGUACGACUGUGACAAUACUCGAUAUGGCCAUGCCGGUCCUGGAGGACGUGUACUCCCUGGCUUGAGCGAGUAUGAUCAGAAGAAAUGUGAGAAGCUGGUGUUGUCCCUGUGCUGCAGCAGCCUUAGUCUCCCGUUCCACGAGCCUGUCAGUCCACUGGCUCGGCAUUAUUACCAGAUCAUCAAGAGGCCGAUGGAUUUAUCAAUUAUCCGGAGAAAGCUCCAGAAGAAAGACAUCGCCCAUUACCUGAGUCCAGAGGAGGUGGUGGCUGAUGUUCGCCUCAUGUUCUGGAACUGUGCAAAGUUCAAUUAUCCGGACUCCGAGGUAGCCGAGGCUGGCCGAUGCCUGGAGGUCUUCUUUGAGGGCUGGCUAAAGGAGAUCUACCCUGAGAAGCUGUUUGCUAGGCCAAGGCAGGAGGACUCGGAUGCGGAAGAGGCAGAGCAUGAGAGUGGCGGCUCCGUGACUCCUCACGGCUUCCCGUGGCCUGCCUAUGGGCAGGAAUACACACAACCCAAGAGGAGACGUCGCCACACUGAGAGUGAGAGAGCCAAAAGACUCUCGUUCCGUCUGGCCAGCAGCUUCCCCCAGGUGUGAGAACACCGGGCUCGCACAACAGGAAGCAGCCCAGAAUUUGGACAACACCGGUCCCUUGCCCAUUCCUCAUUAUCCUUCUGGCCACAUCCUCUGGAGAAUUAGGAUUACAGGAGUGUCUCUGAGCCCUUUCCAGUGGGCAUCUGCAGCAUUUCCAUGGAACCCACAGUCGUGAAACUCUGGGAAAGAAAUCCAACAGAUGACUGCUUCCUGCUGCUGUUAAACAAGAAUAGAGGCUAAAAGCUUAGCUCUUGUCAGGCUGAAAUGGCCUUCUGACACCAUGGCUAAUUCUGCCUUUUGGAGUACUUGGGGCCUUCCAGCUUCUUAUAUUUACCUAUGGGUAGGAGGAGGGAGAGAAGUACUUAGUACUUUGGCUGACCUCUUAUCCCUGACACAGAAUGGACAAAGUAGCCACUAGUAAUGGUUGCCUUUGUUGAGGAGAUUGAGGUGGAAUCCUUAGAGGGCAUACUAGAGACCUUUGGUUCAAAUAUUCGCCUGUCGGUAAGACAAUCUCCUUGCCCUGUACUUCCCAAGCAUCUCACGGUGUCCAUUCCUUGUUGUAAUCAGGCAGGAAGGAGGAAGGGCUGCCUGUUUCUUCAUCUUCCUUUCCUGACAUCACUCAGGCAUACCUAAUUUUGAACACAACUCUUUACUCUGUUUGACUGGUGUCCAUACUCUGACUUUGCUUGGGCCAUCUAACACAAAUAUUUAAACUCUCUCUUUGGAGGGAUUAAGGCCACCCACAUGUUCUAGCCUGUUCUCUGUCCCUUAUUACUGAUAAGUACCUCUCCAGUAAGCUUCUUUUCUUGGCUCCAAAGGUGUCUCCCAUUCGGUGGUACCAGCUGACUGGGGAGCAAUCUUUUGACCCACGUUGGAGUCCUGGACUUUGUUUCCUGGGGUUGCUUUUGUGAUCCGUGUCUCCUGAUCCUGCGUUGUGCCUGGGAUGCUAGGACCCCUCUGCCUGUCAGGGGGAGAUGGAGGCAUGGUAGGGAGGGAGCCUCCUGGGCCCAGUGCUGGGGCCGCAGUGAUACCUUCUUUCUUGUUACCAUCAUGGAGAGUACACUGUGGAAGGGGCCCUCAGGGAAAGUCUUGCCUCUGGCAAACACUCCACCUUCUGAAUCUGUCCAGGAAAGGGCAAGCCCUCAUUUUGUUUCCCUUCCUUCUGCUUUCCAUUUGUGUCAUAAAAUCAUAGAAUCCCUGGGUUGAGAGGGACCCCAGAGGUCUUCUAACCCAACUUACUCUUAAACAGGAAUAUCUUAUAGAGCAUUCCCAACAAGUGGCCAUAUAGCCUCUUCUUGAAGACCACCAGUCAUGGGGAACUCACUACCUCCAAAAAUAGCCCAUUCCACCACUGAAGAGCUCUGGUUGUUUGGAAGGCUUUCCUUCUGUUGUGCUGAAAUCUGGCUCUGUGUGACUUCUGCCCAGAGGAUCAAAGGAUUUAGAGCUGGAAGGUACUUUACAAUCACUCCAUAUUACAGAGGGAGAAACUGAGGCCCAGAGAAGAG